CAGAAUUGUUGACAUUUAAGAAAACGGUAUUGUUCGGCUCUUAUUCGUAAAGAUAAACUCUGAACAAAUCGUGUAUCAGGAUAAAAAUUAUAACGUUUUUGUCACUGUAGUCUCGGGUGCAUUGCAUUUGUGUGGUGUUAAAGUUGACUAAAAGUGAUUGUGAAUAAGCUUUAAUAAUUUUUUCGCCAACGUAAUGUGUGCAUAGGGUUUAAAUAAAACAAAGUCAAAAUUGCAAACAAAAGCAUCCGAAAAUGUAUAAUAACCAAGAAAAAGUGAAUAUAAUGUAAGUGUCGGAUUAUUUUUGAAAUAAAUCAAUGCCUGAUAAAGUUUGUUCUAUUUCUAGCAGCCCCACAGGCAACAACAACUAUGGCGCGCUUAAUCGAUCUUCAAGUGUUGCAUCCCCGAGAAGAGUUAUUUACUGUGUCCAUGGUAAACCUAGCGAUGGAUGUUGUAAAGUGUUGGAAGGCGAAGUUAUUGAUUUGGAACCUCAAUCAGAUGAAAUAAUUACUAUUGCCAAAGAAAAUACAAAUACUACUGAUUUAGUUAACAAGCAUUGCCAUUUAUCAGAUACCCCAGAAGUGGAUAAAAGGGCCAGAAAAAAACUUAUCAUAGCCAGUGUGUUGUGUGUAAUAUUUAUGAUAGCAGAAAUAAUCGGUGGUUACAUCUCGAACAGUUUAGCGAUAGCUUCAGACGCAGCUCACCUCCUUACAGACUUUGCAAGUUUUAUGAUUUCCUUAUUUUCACUGUAUAUGGCAAACAGACCGAAAACAAAGAAAAUGUCAUUCGGAUGGUACCGCGCCGAAGUAAUUGGUGCCUUAACUUCGGUGCUUAUGAUAUGGGUCGUGACAGGAAUAUUAGUUUAUAUGGCUAUUCAAAGAAUUAUUUAUGAAAGUUAUGAAAUUGAUGCAUUUGUAAUGUUGAUUACUUCUGCUAUUGGAGUUGUAGUUAAUAUCAUCAUGGGUGCUUCACUUCACCAGCAUGGCCAUAGUCAUGGCGGAAGCAGUCAUUCGCAUGAUCAUCAUAAAGAAAAUAUCAAUGUCAGAGCAGCAUUUAUUCAUGUAAUUGGUGACUUUUUGCAAAGUGCAGGAGUUCUAGUAGCAGCAAUUGUGAUUUAUUACAAGCCAAACUUGGUAAUUGUGGAUCCAAUAAUGACAUUUGUAUUUUCAAUAUUUGUGCUAUUUACGACCUUCGCCAUAAUUAAAGAUGCAUUAUUGGUUUUGAUGGAAGCUUUACCGAAAGGAAUAGAUUUUGAAUCAGUUAUGAAUAUUUUGAUAAACAUCGAAGGCGUCGAAAGGGUCCAUAACUUGAGAAUUUGGGCUUUGAGUCUUGAUAAAAUUGCUAUGUCGGCUCACGUAGCAAUAAGAGCAGGUACUAAUCCACAAAACGUACUGAUGGUAGCUACCAAAAAUAUACACGAUAAAUUCAAUUUCUUCGAAAUGACUUUGCAAAUCGAAGAAUUCGAAGAAAAAAUGGCUGACUGCAAGCAGUGCCAAAAUCCGUAGGUUAAGUUUUAUACCUAUUCAAUUAUUUAUUUUUGAUGAAAUUAAAUUGUUUAUAAUACCUACAUAUUUGUUUCAAAUUUUCACCAUUCGAAGAAUAAGAGAACAAUAAUGGACGA